AGGAAACAAAUGUGGCUUAUCUAAUUAUGCAAUGCAAGUUGAAGCGUAAAACUCCAAAUUUGCAGGGAUUGACAUUUGGAAGCUGUGACCAUGUCUUCAUCAUAUCUCCCAGCAACCACCGAUUCCCUUGUUCAGGCUUCAGAAGCCAAAACCCCAUCUGAGGCCAUCUCUAUCCUUUAUCGCAUACUUGAUGGACCUUCAUCUUCUUCCGAAGCCCUACGAAUAAAAGAACAAGCAAUUUCUAACCUCUCUGACCUUCUUAGACAAGAGAACAAGGCAGAUGAACUUCAAAACCUUCUGACCCAAUUGCGGCCCUUCUUUUCCUUGAUCCCAAAGGCAAAAACUGCUAAAAUAGUUCGUGGUAUUAUUGAUGCAGUUGCUAAAAUUCCAGGCACAUCUGAUCUCCAGAUCUCUCUUUGCAAAGAAAUAGUGCAGUGGACUCGUUCUGAGAAGCGAACUUUUCUUCGUCAACGAAUUGAGGCAAGGCUUGCUGCUCUUUUAAUGGAAAGCAAGGAGUACUCUGAAGCAUUGACCCUCCUUUCGGUCCUGAUCAAGGAGGUGAGAAGAUUAGAUGACAAGCUGCUUCUUGUGGAGAUAGACUUGUUGGAGAGCAAGCUCCAUUUCUCUCUGAGAAAUCUUCCGAAAGCCAAGGCUGCACUUACUGCAGCAAGAACAGCAGCCAAUGCUAUUUAUGUGCCUCCGGCUCAGCAGGGCACCAUAGAUUUGCAGAGCGGGAUUCUGCAUGCAGAAGAGAAGGAUUAUAAAACUGGUUACAGCUAUUUCUUUGAAGCGUUUGAAGCUUUCAAUGCUCUUGAAGAUCCCCAAGCCAUAUAUAGCCUCAAGUAUAUGUUGUUGUGCAAAAUCAUGGUGAGCCAGGCUGAUGACGUAGCAGGAAUAAUAUCAUCACCCAAGGUUGGAUUGCAAUAUCAGGGGCCAGAACUUGAUGCAAUGAAAGCCGUUGCUGAUGCUCAUUCAAAACGCUCUUUGAAGCUCUUCGAGAUUGCUCUCCGCAAUUUUAGGGCCCAGCUAGAGGAAGACCCUAUUGUCCACAGGCACCUCUCUUCCCUCUAUGACACACUGCUUGAGCAGAAUCUUUGCAGGUUGAUUGAGCCUUUCUCGAGGGUUGAGAUUGCCCAUAUUGCUGAGUUAAUUGAAUUGCCUGCCGAUCAUGUGGAGAAGAAAUUAUCUCAGAUGAUCCUGGAUAAGAAGUUUGCUGGGACUUUAGACCAAGGUGCUGGAUGCCUCAUCAUUUUUGAAGAUCCAAAGACAGAUGCGAUCUACCCAGCAACAUUGGAGACCAUUGCAAAUAUGGGCAAGGUCGUUGAUAGCCUCUAUGUGAGGUCUGCCAAAAUAAUGGCUUGAGGUUCAGAAUUUCGGUGCCGGUUUUCUAGCUGCUGCUGCUGUUCCUCCAACUCGUAGAGCAACUCUCUGUUCUUCCUGUCUGGGAUUUAUGCUUGAUGGAACCAAUCUCUGCUAUUUGUCUCUGCUUUAUUUUUCUAGGUUGAUUAGCUGCUAGUUACUCUUGAGUUCAAUUAAACCUUGGAAUUUCUUGGAAGACUUGAUCAUGAACUCGGUCUCAGCUUAAAUGAUCUGAUGUUUCGUAGAGAUAUUUUGUGAUUUUCAUGGAUUAUUCUUUGUGGUUGAACAUUCUGCUAUGUUAUUUGGGCUGCUCGUCUUUUU